CGAGGCCGGGAGGCGGAGCAGCCCCGAGCAGCCCCGGUCCCAGCCCCGGUCCCGGCCCCUCGGCAGCAGCCUCCGUGGCGGUGCCCGGCGCCUGACAGCGGCGGGAGCGGGGACGAACCGCCUGCCGGGACACCGAGCGACCUCGGGCUUCAGCCGCAGUUCUCAGCCCAGCUCCCCCGGCACGCGUCCUCCCCCAGGGGAUGGAAGGGAGCAGAGAAGCCCCUGGUGAAGCUCUCGGCGAUGCGGAUGCUCGCAGGGCCUCGCAGGAGCUGCAGGAACCCGAACCAGAGCUCCGGGAGCAGCUGCAGAGAGCGAGGGCCGAGUACAGCAUGGCCACAGGUGUCAUUUCUUCCCUGCAAAGACAACUGGAGAUCCAAGAAUCCCAGCUUCGGAGAAUCCAAUCUGAAAAGGAAAUGCUCCAAAGGAAGCUCAGAGAGCGAGAACAUCAGCUACAAGGCUUGUCUGCCAAGUUUUGCAGUCUGACAGAAGAACAGGAAGAUAAAGAAAUGAUGGUGACAAUAGAGAAGGAGAACUGCAAUCUACGACAAGUAAAUUCGGUUGUCGCAGAACAAGAAUCCAAACUGGCUGAGCAGCGCCAGCUGAUCAGCGAGCUGCAGGAGGCAGUGGGGCAGCUGCAGGAGGAGGUUCGGAGCAGCCGGCACCGGCUCCGCCAGCAGCGACAGGCGCGGGACGCGGCGCAGAGCCAGGCAGAGGCCCUGCAGCACCAGGAGCUGCAAACGCGGGUGGCACUCGAGUGCCUCACCAGCAGGGUAAGUGUGACCCCGCACUGCAGGGUCCUGCCUCUGCCUGGGGACACGCCAACCAUUUCAAGCACAGGAUGCAAAAGCUUAGAGAUACCUAGGGCAGAAGCACAGCGGGAGAUGCACCAGGGCACUGCAGCCCUUUGCUCUCGGGGCCCAGCUUCCCGGGGCCAGAGGUGCAGGAAGCUCGGCCCAUUUGCUUCCCAGCUUUUUAGGAUGCGGCUCUUACGUCACUCACAAAGCCAACAGGCCUCAAAUACCGGGAGCCCCUGAGAAACAAGUUCAGGACAGUUACAUCACCAGAUUUCUAAUAUCCUUCCAGACUCAAAUAACAGGUAUCAUCUUAAAGCCAUUUCCUGCAGGUGUACGUGCCAGGUAGCAAGUACAGAGCCCAACCCCUGGGUAAGGGACUCAGUCCACCCAGAAACACAUCAUAAUCACAGUACUUGAAACAAAGCCCAGCCAAACUGCCUGUAAUUUCACAUAGAGACUGUCCGUUUCAUCCUUCCCUAGUACUUUGUCCAACAGCGGUCUCUGUAAAUCCAUGCAAAUGUCAAAGAAUCGUAUAUAAAGACUAAACACACCUACUUCUUUAUCAAAAGUUUGAAAGGUAUCGAAACAAAAUAAUCCAGGCUACGUUCAGCACAGCAGGCAUGAAGGCUCCCCAGGCAGAGCUGACGGACGAGGAGGUGCUGGAGGCGAUGCAG